AAUACAGUAGUAUUUUAGAACAAACUAAUUUCAUAUGCCUUGGUUUGUACAUAACGCGGAUUGUCACAGUGAAUCCUUCGUUAAAUUUUAAUCAGCUAAACGCGUGCUCAGGUUCAUCAUGACAGGCGCUUUUUUAGCAUUUGCUUUUGCAGAAAAUGCAUCCAUCGGUUGUUCUUAUUUAAACCUAAUGUUACGGCCAUUCGUAAUCUGGAGGGGGUUCAAAUGUAUCCGUAUAUUUCUGGUAUUAGCCACGAUUGGCCACUGGAUUAUCCUGUUACGGGUAAUACUUGCCUUCCCCGUCGUGAAAUCUAGUGCAACAUGGACAAUAUUGCGCAAUCAGGGGAUAAUAUAUGUCUUGAUCGCCUGCUUGGCAAAUAUCAUACCAUCGGUCGUGGCCUCGUUGAAUCUGAAUCCUGCCAUGAACGUUGUAUUUGCGACACCGGCAUGUGUUGUCAGCACUAUCGCAUCGAGUCGAAUAGUUGUUGCUUUCCUGGACGUACAGUCGAACGCCCCCAUGGAAGAGACAAAUAAUCGAGGUGUGCUACUUACCACCGUGCUAACACUGCCCACUGUGUCUGUUAUGAAUACCCAAAACUUUAUAUGAUUUUUUGGGAUAACAUCGAUCUAUACAGUGUGGUUUAAGGAUAUCCGGCUUCAAACGAAGACGAAGACGAAGACGUCCACGUGACUUACUGAUGCGAAAAGCGUUACUCUUGCAUCCGAGACACGCGGAUGCAUCC